CUUUUUAUUCACACAUCACAAGUUCACAACACAAACAAAACAUAUAUUAUAUGCAUAUUAAUUAUAGAUAUAUACUCCGAUUUCGGAUCCUUGUAAAAAAUAUUCAUGUUGAAAAUGAAGCUGCCGCAGGCAAGCCAACUCAGCUCAACGCCGUUGUGCUCCUUUGUGAACUCUCAUCAUCAUCACAAGAAAAGGCUUCUCCAUGAUCAAUGCCAUGCCGGUGCCAUGACUACUUUAUCCAACGCCGAACAAUCGGAAAAGACUAAAUCACCGAGAAUAUGUGAGUUUUUCUUUUUAGUUUGGUCGUCGUUCCUUUUAUAUCGAGCUUUCGGUUAAGUUAUAGGUCCAGUUAAUAAGGGGUUUGGUGAUCGAAUGGUCCUUAGUACGAGAAAUGAGAAUGAUGCAUUUGCAACUUACACAUGUAAUAGUACAUUUUCGGCUGUGAAAAAAGUUCAAUUUAUUUACAAAAUUGUCACCUCAAUUUUUUUCAUUUCUUUCAGAUUUUUAAUAGUCCUUAGAUCUUAAAUCUAAUGUAUCGUAUGUGUUCUCAUCUCUUUCACGGUGCAUUAUUGUUAGAAUAUGAAAUAAACUUCUUGGACCACAACCACAAGCUCGAGCUUUUGGUUGAAUUGGUUCCUUGACACGGCAUCAAGCCCUUGUUGACUAAUUAAGCGGUCACGGGUUCUAAACUCAGCGUGACCCAGUUUAAAAAAAAUAAGCCUUGCACGUGAAACCUUAAUUUUUUAAAACUGGGUGGCGCUGAGUUUCGUUCGAACCCGCGACCUCUUAGUCAAGAAGACUCUGAUACCAUGUCAAGGAACCAAUUCAACCAAAAACUCAAGCUUGUGGUUGUGGCCUAGAAAAUAUUUCUUAUAUUCUAACACAAGGCUCGAAAAAUGUGUUAUUAGAAUAUAUACAUGACAUUAAUUGAUUAUGCAUGCAUGGGGCCGCAGUUACAUUUGGGCAAAAAAUAAGAGACACCGUGAAGGGAAAGCUGAGCCUGGGGGCGAAGAUUGUUCAGGCAUGGGGAGUGGGGAACGUGUUCAAGUCGAAUUUCGCAUUUGAGGACGGCGAAAAACUGGUGAAGACUCUGCAGUGCUGUUUGUGGACGACGGCGGGCCCCAUAGGCGGCCUUCUAUUUAUAUCAACAGAGAAGGUUUGCUUCUACAGCGAGAGAUCCUUCAACCUCCGCCGCCGCGCCGCCUCCUCCUCCGCCGGAAAACGCCCGCCGCCUCCCGUCACGCCGGUCCGUUACAAGGUCUCGAUCCCGCUGUCGAAAAUAAACUGCGCGAGCGGGAGGGGAGAUGCGAAGAAGCCUGGAAAAAAGUAUGUUCACGUGAUGACUGAAGACGGGUUCGAGUUUUGGUUCGUGGGGUUCGUGCGCCACAGUAGAGCGUUGAGAUGUCUCCAGGAGGCAAUAGUAUCAUCUCGGAAUCAGUGUCAGCUUAUUGUGCCCCAAUCGCAAAUUCAAUAGGCUAAGAUUGUGUAUGAUGAAUUACAAUUGUAUUUGCAUAUACUCCUUCCCAGUCUCAUUAAAUCUUUUCGUUUGACUUUUCUUUGACAAAUUUGUAAAUUUUAAUCAUGAUAUUUGGAAAAAAUAUUCUCUCCGCGACUCCGUACUCUAAUCUCUUUUUUUUUCUUUUUCCCCACAAAAUGUUUCUCUUUUCUAUUAAAAAUCACUUUUACCCCUACUAAUAAUUCUUAACCUACCUA